AUGAACAGCAUUGAAUGUGAGCGUUUGGACAGCCUAGACGGGUGGGUGGCGGUCAAAAGCAACAUAUUCGAAGAGACCGAGGCGUUUAAGCUCGGGUUUAUCGUCCAGUGGAGCGUGAUCGAGGGAAAGUUCGCUGUCACUUGCCACAAUCGGACUUUGCAAAGGCAGAGACGUAAAGCCGAACUCGCUGAGGACUGCGAACUGAGCUGGGCUGGACUUUUCUCCGUGAACGACUUAAAAAACGUCCACCAGCAGUUUUCAUGUGUAGCAGACGUUUUAGGGAACUGUUUCCCCGAUCUAUCCGAGUUUGAGGACGGAAACAUUUGGGACUUGCUCUUCCUGAACCGCAGGCCGAGUCUGGACGAGGAGAACGGGGAGAGGGAUUUUGACACAUCGUGUAGAAAGCUGGAGAAGUAUUUCAGCACAGCCAUCGAUUUGUGUGGACGCAAAAUUGUCCUGGAUACACUGUUUGCCCAAAAUGAACAAGACGUGGAGGAUUACUUUGAGAAUCUGCAAGAGUUUAAGAAGAAAAGUAUGCAAGAGGAGAUGUCCCGGGCCAAAAGUGAGCUACGACAGCUGCUGCAGACCCACUCUGCGGCCGAUCGCAUGGUGGCGCUACUCGACAUUUACCAACAAGAAGACGACGUCUACCACGAACUGGUCACCGUGGCUACCACCUUCUUCCAGUUCCUGCUACAGCCGUUCAGAGACAUGAGAGAGCUGGCCUGUCUCUGCAAGAUGGAGAUCCUGAAAUCGUUGGAGUUUGAAGACUUGGGUCCUAAGAGAAUCGCAGAGCUGCAGAAAGAGGCUGACGAGUGGAGAGUGAAAGCAGAAAACGCAGUGGCUUCGAUACAAGACAUCACCGUCAACUACUUUGCCCAGACUUCAAAAGCUUUAGCAGGGAUGCUGAGGCAGAUGGAGGAGGACAAGUGUCGGUUCGGGGCAGCGGCCUGGGCCUGCGUCGCUCCUCGACUGGAGAAACUGCGCUUUCUUUUGGCCAAAGAAACUCUGCAGCACAUGAGAGCGACAGAGAUGUGUUUGAACCGCAAGAAAACCCACAUCAGGGACAAGAUGGAAGCCCUGAGUCCAGGCUCUGAUCCUGGUUCAGACUCUGAGGACUCCGUGGACCGGCUGGAGCUGAGGUUUUACGAGACGCAACUGGAACUUUAUGACACCAAGUUUGAGAUCCUGAAGAACGAGGAGCAGCUGCUGAUGGCCCAGAUCGACACGGUGCGCAGGCAAAUCAAAGAGCUGACAGACGAAGUGGUGUAUUAUGACGUGUGUGAAGACCCAGAAGAGCUGCAGAGUUUAGUCCAGACCGGGAUCCAAACCGAGAUCCCAGCCCUGCGCCAGCUCAAAAAACGGCUUCAGACUCUGGAGACCAAGAGAGGGAGCAUCUGUGCACGGAGAGCCUACCUCAGGAACAAGAAGGACCAGUGCAUUGAGGCCCAUGAGCAGAAACAGUCAGCGGCCAAACAAAGCAACAAAGUCUUCAGCCAACACCAUCAAGUUCACCUGAAGCGUGAGAGGAGGCGGGAGGAGGAGCAGCGGAGGAAGCAGUGGGUGGAUCAGGAGAGGGAGAAGACGCUCAGUCGAUUACGCUCCUUCAGAGAGAAGCGUCCGGGGCAGUACAUGCUAAAGACGCCCCAGAGCAGGACCACCUCCCCCGGGUCUCCUCCGGACCCUCAACCCCUCUCCAUCCUCAGCCUGGGCCCCAACUCAGACGCUCUGCCCUCACUGCAUCCCACCCCCAAAUCCAGAAAGCCCGCCAACGCCAAGAAGCUGCCGAAGACCAAAGAGAUCCCUGUUCAGAUCUUCGCUGGAUCCCCCAUGACGCCCCCAACCUGCCCUCCUCCACCUCCCCCACCUCCACCUCCUCCUCCUCCUCUGCCGCCCAGUGGUGUCUUUAAACCUACCACAAACAUAGAUGAACCAAAACCACUGAGCGAGACGCCAGAGCCACCGUUUCCAGCCAAGAACACACUGAAGCAGAACAUAGGCUCCAUGGACGAGGUGUUGGCGUCUCUUCAACGAGGGCAGAUCCAGCUCAGAAAAGCCCCUGCUCCCAGGACGGCGCCCCCUGUGGCCGACCCAAGGAGCAACCUGAUGUCUGCGAUCAGACAAGGAGUCACUCUGAAGAAGAUGGUUCCCGGCAAAAGCGAGGGACAGAGCAGUGCGGACAAUGAUCUGGAGAGAAGUAUAAAAGCCGCAAUGUUGAGAAUGAAGAAAGUCUCAUCGGAUUCAGACGAAGACGAGGCUCCAAACGCAGAGUGGGACAGCUGA